CCCCCUUCCCCCCUCCCCCCACCAACCUCCGCCGCCGCUCGCGCCCGGCCAUGGCGGAGGCCUCGGUGGGCAGGCAGAGCCCCAGGGUGGUGCCAUACCCAGCCCACAGCCUUUGUCCUGGAGAGCCCAGCCUUCAGAGUGCAGCAGUUGUGUCAAUGGGCUCAGCUGAUCACCGACUGAACCUAGCAGAGAUCCUUUCGCAGAACUACGGCGUACGGGAAGAAAGGGAAGAAGAAGAUGAUGCUCAGGAGAAACAGAAGUCUUUAGAAGAGCUGGAGAAGAGUUUCAGUGCCUCUCAGCUGCUGUUGUUCUCGGUGAUUGUUCCAUGCCUGAUGAAGCUUUGUCCUCCUCUCGCUCAGAGCAGUGAAAUGCCAUUUGAGGAGCUGCUUGCACUUUAUGGCUAUGAGGCAUCCGAUCCCAUUUCAGAGCAGGACAGCGAGAGCAAUGACAUCCCUCCAAAUCUCCCUGAUAUGACUCUGGAUAAGGAACAAAUAGCGAAGGAUUUGCUUUCAGGGGAGGAAGAGGAGACACAGUCUUCAGCAGAUGAUCUGACCCCAUCGGUCACCUCCCACGAUGCAUCAGACCUAUUCCCAAACCAGCCUGGCUCAAACAACUUCCUUGCUGAUGAAGACAAAGAGCCCUGUUCAUCUCCAUGUGCUUCCUCCAUGGCUGAGGAAUCAGAGGAGGAUUCCAUGCCAUCUAGCGAGUGUAAGAAGGACAUCAGCAUUGGACCUCAGUUCCAAGCCACCGUUCCCAUCCUGCACUUAAACAGGCACAGUGAAAAAGCCUAUGAAAAUGAAGAUCAGCUGCUUUGGGACCCAAACAUCCUACCUGAAAGAGAGGUUGAAGAGUUCCUAUACCGUGCUGUGAAGCGGCGGUGGGACGAGCUGUCUAGCAGCAGCCUGCCAGAAGGAGAGAUGGUGAAAGACAACGAACAGGCUUUGUACGAGCUGGUGAAAUGCAACUUCAAUGCAGAAGAGGCAUUGCGGAGGUUACGGUUCAACGUGAAGGUUAUCAGAGAUGAGCUUUGUGCGUGGAGUGAAGAAGAAUGUAGAAAUUUUGAACACGGCUUCAGGGUCCAUGGGAAAAACUUCCAUCUUAUCCAGGCAAACAAGGUCCGUACUCGGUCAGUGGGAGAAUGUGUGGAAUAUUAUUACAUGUGGAAGAAGUCAGAACGCUACGACUACUUCACUCAGCAGACUCGUUUAGGAAGGAAGAAGUACGUCCUCCACCCUGGAGCCACGGAUUACACUGACAAUGAUUUGGAUGGGGGUGAGGUGGAAAACACCAGCCGCUCUCGGAGCUCCCCUCCCAUUCCCUCUGCCACCAGCUGCCUGGACUCUCACUUUGGCCAAGACCAGCUAGCAAUUGAGAGCACAGAGCCCCUGAGCGUGGAGAGCACAGCCUGCAGCCUGGGCAGCAUGAGUGAAUCGGGACAGGGCUACGAGUGCAGUACUCCUUCAGAGACAAAUUGUUCCUUCGACCCUGCAGAAGAAACCUCCUCAGGCACCAUCUCUGCUUCCUGCACACGGCAUGCUGUCACCCCCUCGGACACGGGGCUCUUUGCUUUGCCACCAGCAGGACCAGAACUGGCAGAGAAGCAGGAGACAUUACAAAGCUCUGGUGAGACGAUAACCAUGGACUUCACUCUCCCUGCAGACAUUAAUGAGGGUUUGCCUUUAAUUGCUGGCCCUGUGGAUUUGGGCAGAGACCCAGAGGCAGCGGUGGCCCCUGCUCAAGUGUCCUUAUCGGUCACAGAUUUUGGCCUCAUUGGCAUCGGAGAUGUAAAUAGUUUCCUGACUGCUCAUCAGGCCUGCUCAGCACCUGUGGCUCGGUCAGAGCCUUUGUCACAGUGAGAAUCUUCAGUCACAAACCUGUCACGGACCCAGCAAGGACUUGGACCUGACUGAGUCAAAUCCUGGAACUUCCACUGUUCUGUAGGGACAGUUUGGAGCUCUUGGUCAGAAUCCGUCUUUCCAUCCUCCUUGAUCCAAGGCUACAGUGAAACCAAACACA